CAGACGAGGGCUAACCAGUUACGUAUUAUAUUUUUCAUAAUUUUAAAUGUGGCAAUGUCAAGCAGUCAGUCAACAUGGCGGCCCAAGAUGAAGUUGACGUAUGUGAAAGUUGGGAGGAUAUGGACGAAAUUGGCCUGGACCACAAGAUUAGGUUGAACAGUGACUGUCAGAGUGCAAACGCGCCAGCGAAAAUUUUACUAAAAGGUUGCAAGGUUACGGUUGAAGAGAACGCGUGUAUCGGGUCACAGUGCAUUAUGCCGGAGCCCGCCAUCCGUAUCUUGAAAAGGCCGUCGUCGUCAGGCAGCGGGCAACUCAAUGGCGAAAGCCGCGCUCGUCCUGUCAAAACGCUUGAACAGAGACAAAAAGAGUACGAAGAGGCCCGGCUGAGGAUCCUGGGCGAAGCCCGCAGCCCCGAGGACGUCAUCGACGACAACCUAAGCCGGUUGCAGGACAAGCUGCAAGCCAACCAGAUUAAUGACAAUUCAAAUAGCGGUAAGAAGAAUAACGAAGCCAAAGGUAAGGAUCGCAAGGUCCUGGUGCGUUUGCCCCCCGGCGCGACGGCGGCGGGCGUGUUCCCCUCCCCGCCGCCGCGCGGCGUGCUCGUCAUCCGCACGCCGCGAGGGCCAGACGGCACAAAGGGCUUUCUCAAGAGGUAGCAGUGCCAUAACAAUAAGCAGCAUAAGUGUAACAAAAACGUAAAUAGUUCCAUCCAUUGACUUUUCCCAUCGAACUGUGUGUUUCUUGACGUUGUUCCACAAUUUGUCGUUUUAUUUUAUAAUAUGUAAAGAUAAAAGCAAAAUAAUUAAAUCGGAAAAUUAUGCUUAUAUAUGUAUUAUAUUUGAAUUGCCUGAUAAUCGGUUUUGUAGAGUGGCUGUGACGUCAUAUGACGUCCAUAUUAUAUUUUUCUGACGUCACGUGGAAAAAUAUAAAAAAAUAUUGCGGCCUUUAUAUGACGGCGUAGUUAUCUCUACAAAACCAUGAAUUAACCGAGGCAUUCAUGAAUUGCGCUGGUGCAAUUGACACUUAUAGGAGAAAAUAUAUAAUUUAUUUUAUGCAAUCCUUUUAUGGGUGAAUGUCUAAAUUUCCCAGCGGUUGUUAUCGCGCGCAAAACUAGUCAUAACGUGCUAUUUUGUUUAGUUGUAAAGUAAGAAAGAAAUUAUUGAAAGCAUAUUCAACCCAAACAAGGUAUAAAAAAUCAUGCUGAUUUUGUCAUGUAUAAAUGGCCUAACGUCAAAAUAUUACUAAUGAUUCAUUGGCUGACAAAGUCUGAUAUAUAUUUUUUUUUUGUUGAUAAAGUUUGAAAAGACAAUUUAUGGUUUCCUCUUGUUUAUCUUUCGGGAUUAUUGAUUUUUUUUAUUGAAAAAGACAGAAUCAUGUGAUAUAUAAUUCAAUUUGUGGAAAAAAAUAUAACAGAACCUUGCAAUAGUCGGCUAAGCAUUUGUUACCAGCCUGAAAUUAGUCAUUAGUCUUUCGGUUGUUGGUGAGAUUGUCCCUGAUCUGAUCUUGAUCUUAAUUUAAUCAUUAGUCACUUAGGUAGACAGGUGAAGUGACUAACUUCAGGCUAGUCUUAAAUUUUGUCAGCUGUAGCCUGUAGUGUCAAAUUUGUUUCAACGAAUAUAUUAGUCUCUUUAAAUACAGCUUAAAGUAAUUAAUAUUAAGAACAAUAUGUCACAUUGAUGUUAAGUAUAUAAAGACACAAUCAAGAAUGAUUAGACGCUAUGGAGUGAUUGUAUCCUCCAAAAGACCCAGGUUUAGCGCAAAUUAGUAAAUAUUAACGACGUAACUUCAAUUUCGUUUCUUCUAGUAUAACUUCAAACUAAUUGAAGGUGUCCGAUCUAUUUGAGGCUGCAUCACAGAUGCAAAUUUAAGGACACCUAUAAAAUUAGUCCUAUUAUAGAGAAAAUCAAGUUACUGUUAAACUUAUGAACAAUUCUAAGUUCAUUAAUUAUUUUAAAACUAAAGAUGGCAACUUAAAUAGCCAAAACAGUUACAAACUGGCAAAUUGUGAAACAAACGCGAGAGAAUGCAGAAUUUUCUGUGCUCAUUGUGGGGAACAAUAUUUAUUAUUAUAAGGAAACGUACAUCUAACCGUUUCUUAAUCUUUGGGAUGUACAUGCAAGUAGAAAUCAUGCAAAACUGAGCCAUAUUUCAUAUAUUGAGAUGGGUCGGAAAUGCAUGAUUAUGUACAUGUACUAUUUUGUGACCCGGGGAAUGUGAGAUUUGUAAAAUUGACUCCAAAUUAUUGAUGAACUCAAUCGAAGCAUGAACAGUUGCGAUAAGUUAUUGUAUGGAAUUGCGUUUUAGUAAAUAUAUUGCGCGCGCAAUUGCUAGUCACCUGCCAGGCUGACUAUGGGGCGGUUUGGUUGGUCACCAGUGACGAAAGGUGAUAUUCCUCGAAAGGGAAUCCUACACAAUAUAUUAGUAUAUGCAUGAAUGCGGUUUGUAAACCGUUGUAAUGAUAAUUAGAUUCUACAUAUGGGACCCUUCGCCACUGUUGGACACAUUGGUGAUGACGUUUGAAUACCCAGUAGGUAACUAGCAAUUUUCCGCGACUUAUAAUCGGUCAAAUUGCGAAAUAAAUGCUUCGAACAAUUGGUGUGUUAAAGAUUUUAUUAUUGGAUUGUUUAUUUUCUCGUUCUUUGUAACAAUAUCGAAGUGGGUAUUUCGCAAUUUGUCCAGUCUAAUCGUGUUAUGACCUUAUACUUUGACUGUAACAUAUUUAUAGGUACGUAUAGUGAUCUAUACUGUUUGUUCGUAUACUAAAUUCAAAGCAAAAUUAAUAGAAAAAAAAACUUUUUUAUACACAAUUUUUUCUAUGUGUAUAUUUAUAUUUUUAGUAUUAAGAUAUUCAAUAGUUGUACAUUAUUAAGAUAGUUGUAUGUGUUAAGUUGUAUUUUCGCCACGGGUACAGUCAGCGUAAAUUAUUCACAUCAGUUUAAUUUAAAUCUAUAGGAUUUAUAAAUGUGAUCUUCCAAUGAAUUGUGAUAGUUCCUAUGCUGACUGUACCAACUGGAAUAUUUUCCAAUCUCUAUAACGCGAAGUGUAGAUAUAAACUCAAUACAAUUAUGUUUUAUAAAUUAGUUAAUUCAUACUAAUCACAAACUUCAAAUUUAGCAAGUAUUUAAGAACUGCUGUGACCUACGUCCUACUGGCGAUAUAGAGUUAUUUAAUGUCUGUAUUUAACGUAAUUUUUAUUAUUCGUCGAAGUACUAUAUCCGCUUUAUCAAAAUUUUAUUCCGUAAAUGGGAAAUAUUACUAUUAUUAAUAGUACACAAGGUUUUAAAACCCGCCAUAGUGGCUCAAAAGUGACGCGUUUCGAAAUCAGCCUGUGUAUAUCUAGUUCCCCAGCCGGCAUAAUUGUGUCGACUUUGCCUUGCGCGUAAAAUAAAAAAGAAGUAACUGUUAACCAUAACAAUACCUCCAUUGGAAAUCAUUUUUCAUUUGGUAGGAAUGGCUAUUAGUGUCGGAAUGUAUCGUCCUAGAUCUAGUCUAGGCAUUAGAAUAUUUUAGCACCAGCAAGCGGAGUCAGUACUUUGGCAAUAAAUUUUUACUAUAUGACAGUUUCAAUUUCGUAGUCUUUGUCGUAUUAAUCAAUUAUUGUAUCUAUCACAAUUUAGAAAUACUCAAUUAGCAACGGAGUAGCAUUUAUAAUAUAAGGAACAAGCAGCGGGUUAUUACGUCAAAGAAUACGAGAUUUCAUUGUAGGACGUCAUAUCACGUCACUUUGUUAAUAUCUAAUACUUGUAUCCAUACUCGAACAAUAGUUGUAUAAAUUUCGUAUAGAUAUUUUGAUGUGACAAUGAAAUGGGGACGGCUAAAAGUUUUGUUACACUGACGAAAAUCAUAAUCAGUCUUACUUAUAAAAAAAUCGCAAAGCUAUGCUUAGUUAAAACACAAAUUUACUCGAUCAGCUGUAAGUCAAAACCCGCCAUCUUGCCUUUUAAUAGGGUUUAAACUAGGAAACCGGUGAUUUUUUUGACAGCUAUAUAAGCAAUUCUUUAGCACCUUUUAAUGCUAAAAUGUUUAUAAGUAAGACUGAAUGUGGCCAACGCAGAUGAACACAACACAGCGGAUGUGAAUAUGUACCCCAUUAUUCAUAAACGUUAUUUAUCUAAGGGCGGAGCAUUGCUGUGAUAACAAGUCUGUUUCUCAGUGCUGAUAACAUGGCAACCUUCGCAGUGCGUAGACAUACGGCCGUUGUGAUUGGCUAAUAUGAGAUACAACUUGAAUCUAGUUUGCUGACGGAUAAACAAAGCUGAGAAAGAGACUUAUCACAGCAAUGCUCCGUCCUUAAAUAAAUAAUGUUUAUGGAUAAGGGUGGUAGUCUUUAUUAUACAUAUUACCGAUUCUUGUCAUGAAGACGUCAUAACACGUCAUGUAACCGUUUGGAAUAAUUUGAAUAUUUAUAUUACCAGGCUCUAGUAAAAACAUGAUUGAACCACGUAAAGCAGUUCAUCGCGUUUGAACAAUUGGAAUAGGGUACCGGACUCAUUUUUGUUCUUUACUAUUAUCAAAUAUUUACGUUAUAUAAAUUAUAACACAAAAGGAAUUAUUAAAAUCCGGUAAAAAAUCAACAAGUUAUAAGUCUUUGAAUUUCGGUGGAAAGGGUAGUUAACAAGAAACAGAAAAGAGACAAAAUAUCCACAUGUGACGUCAUCGGGAAUUACGACGCGUGCGAAAGAAAGAGAUGAAGCGAUAUCCCCACAUCAUGCCCACUUCUGCACGUCACAAUAUUUUAAAUAUGAAUUACUCGCACAUUUUUAACUAAUUUUUAUGCUGUUUUCGCAGACGUGCUCCUUUUUCGUAUUAAAAGCCAUUACAUAUAGAAUAAUGUACAAAAUCAAGCAUAGGCCGGUCCCCUAUUGGUAUAUAAAAUACCAUUCCACACUAAUUUCAUGAAAAUAACGCAACACGGUCGUGAUACGAGUUUACAUUGUCGUAAAGAAUAAGGUCCCAGUUGUGUUAACUGCAUGUCAAAAUUAUAUUGAUCACAGGCAAAUUAAUUUCAGUUCACAGUUCGCAUCUAACUGAAAAUACGUUGUAUUAAACAUGCGAAAAUAUUUCAAAAAAGAAUUAUGUCAGCAAAACCAAGCCUAGUCCUAUGACGGCAGUUUACUUAAUCUUCGAUUCGAUCCCGAGAAUGAACCAAUCAAAAUAAGUUAUUUGUAAGCAUGUCAAACUUUUCUAAUAGGUAUAUUUUCGAGAUGGAUUGGAAAAAAGAUUGAAUCGUUAAUUAAAAACUGCGGUAAAUCGUCUCAUUUCAUUGUACGUUAAAAUAAUAAGAUUGGACAAUUGUAUGCCAAAUGUAUUCAACAAGUUUAAAUAUUAGCGUGUAUUGAAAGGGUAUGCAUUCUGUUUCACUCGGAACAAAAUCUAAAAACUAAGUUCGGAUGAGGGCGUUGUAAUCAAGUUUAACAAAUGCAACGUAAACGGCACUAACAAACUCUUUUUAAAGCGUAGUGAACUUCUACAAUGUUUUGUCUUGCUUCCUCUAAGUUUCAACAUGAAAAGCAGUAGCGUAACUUGCUGUAGAGGGGCCCUAUAUCUACAUUUGUUGGGGGCCCUCCAGGAGAGUGCGAACUUUUGGACGCUUGUUUAGUUUAAUGUAGGUGUGGGUCAAGCGGGGCCCCGUAUCGCUGUUCGGCUGAUACGGCGGUAGCUACGCCCUUGAUGAAAAGACACUAUAACUACUUUAUGGCCACUUCCUAUAAAGGUUCUUACUCACUACGGUCGGUUUCAUAGCGAAAAUGGACCAAUCAGAAUAAAGUUCGUUUGACAUGCUUACAGAUGAGUUAUUCUAAUUGGUUUAUUCUGACCGUUACGGCUUAGUUAGAGGUCGGGAUAGUUUAUUGUAAUAGACGUCAUACAACGUCCAUUGGUAUAUCCGAAUUUAGUUUUUAUAGAUAAAAUGUAAUUUUUAAAAUUACUACGUAGGCCAUAAGAGAUCCCAUGCCUUAUGUAUCAUAAUAAUGUAUGUUAUAAAAUUAAACAUUUUUCGUAUUUUA